UGACGCGCGCCCGCGCGGCCCCCUGCAUCCCCAGCAGCCCACAGCGCUCCCUGCCCCCCUCCCCCGCAGCAGCCGGCCUUGCCGUCCAGUGACAGCGGCCUGGGGGGGCAGGGGGGGCGGGGGCGGCCGGACCAGAGAUGCCGGCGGGCAUGACGAAGCAUGGCUCCCGCUCCACCAGCUCGCUGCCGCCCGAGCCCAUGGAGAUCGUGCGCAGCAAGGCGUGCUCGCGGCGCGUCCGCCUCAACGUCGGGGGGCUGGCGCACGAGGUGCUCUGGCGCACCCUGGACCGCCUGCCCCGCACGCGGCUGGGCAAGCUCCGCGACUGCAACACGCACGACUCGCUGCUCGAGGUGUGCGACGACUACAGCCUCGACGACAACGAGUACUUCUUCGACCGCCAUCCGGGCGCCUUCACCUCCAUCCUCAACUUCUACCGCACAGGGCGGCUGCACAUGAUGGAGGAGAUGUGCGCGCUCAGCUUCAGCCAAGAGCUGGACUACUGGGGCAUCGACGAGAUCUACCUGGAGUCCUGCUGCCAGGCCCGCUACCACCAAAAGAAGGAGCAGAUGAACGAGGAGCUCAAGCGAGAGGCUGAGACCCUGCGGGAGCGGGAGGGCGAGGAGUUCGACAACACGUGCUGCGCCGAGAAGAGGAAAAAGCUCUGGGACCUGCUGGAGAAGCCCAAUUCCUCUGUGGCUGCCAAGAUCCUUGCCAUAAUUUCCAUCAUGUUCAUCGUCCUCUCCACCAUUGCCCUGUCACUCAACACGCUGCCUGAGCUGCAGAGCCUGGACGAGUUUGGCCAGACCACAGAUAACCCCCAGCUGGCCCACGUGGAGGCCGUGUGCAUUGCCUGGUUCACCAUGGAGUACCUGCUGCGGUUCCUCUCCUCGCCCAAGAAGUGGAAGUUCUUCAAGGGCCCGCUCAACGCCAUUGACUUGUUGGCCAUCCUGCCGUACUAUGUCACGAUCUUCCUCACUGAAUCCAACAAGAGCGUGCUGCAGUUCCAAAAUGUCCGCCGUGUGGUCCAGAUCUUCCGCAUCAUGCGUAUUCUCCGCAUCCUUAAGCUUGCACGCCACUCCACUGGCCUCCAGUCCUUGGGCUUCACGCUGCGGAGGAGCUACAAUGAGCUGGGCUUGCUCAUCCUCUUCCUCGCCAUGGGCAUCAUGAUCUUCUCCAGCCUUGUCUUCUUUGCUGAGAAGGAUGAGGAUGACACCAAGUUCAAAAGCAUUCCAGCCUCUUUCUGGUGGGCCACCAUCACCAUGACAACUGUUGGGUAUGGAGACAUCUACCCCAAGACUCUCCUGGGGAAAAUUGUUGGGGGGCUCUGCUGCAUUGCAGGGGUCCUGGUGAUUGCUCUUCCCAUCCCCAUCAUUGUCAAUAACUUCUCUGAGUUCUACAAGGAACAGAAGAGGCAGGAGAAAGCAAUCAAACGGAGAGAGGCUCUGGAGAGAGCCAAGAGGAAUGGCAGUAUUGUAUCCAUGAACAUGAAGGAUGCUUUUGCCCGGAGCAUUGAGAUGAUGGACAUCGUGGUUGAGAAAAAUGGAGAGAAUACGGGUAAGAAGGAUAAAGUGCAAGAUAACCAUUUGUCUCCCAAUAAAUGGAAAUGGACAAAGAGGACACUGUCGGAAACCAGCUCAAGUAAGUCCUUUGAAACCAAGGAGCAAGGAUCCCCUGAGAAGGCCAGGUCAUCUUCUAGUCCUCAGCAUCUGAACGUCCAGCAGUUGGAAGACAUGUACAAUAAGAUGGCCAAGACCCAAUCUCAACCCAUCCUCAAUACCAAGGAGUCAACAACGCAGAGCAAACCAAAGGAAGAACUUGAAAUGGAGAGCAUCCCCAGCCCCAUAGCCCCUCUGCCCACUCGUACAGAAGGGGUCAUCGACAUGCGGAGCAUGUCGAGCAUUGAUAGCUUCAUUAGCUGUGCCACAGACUUCCCUGAAGCCACCAGAUUCUCCCACAGCCCUUUGGCUUCACUGCCCACCAAGACUGGGGGCAACAUGGCCCCAGAGAUGGGCUGGCGGGGAGCUCUGGGUGCCAGUGGUGGUAGGUUUGUGGAAGCCAACCCCACCCCUGAUGCCAGCCAUCGCUCUUUCUUCAUCGAGAGCCCCAAGAGCUCCAUGAAGACCAACAACCCCUUGAAGCUCCGAGCGCUUAAAGUCAACUUCAUGGAGGGCGAUCCCGGGCCCCUAGUCCCCGUUCUGGGGGUGUACCAUGACCCUCUUAGGAACCGGGGGGGCGCUGCAGCUGCUGUUGCUGGACUGGAGUGUGCCACCCUCUUGGACAGGACUGUGCUGAGUCCAGAAUCCUCCAUCUACACCACAGCAAGUGCUAGGACACCCCCCCGGUCGCCUGAGAAACACGCAGCAAUAGCAUUCAACUUCGAAGCAGGUGUCCACCAGUACAUUGACGCGGACACAGAUGAUGAGGGGCAGCUGCUCUACAGUGUGGACUCUAGCCCUCCUAAGAGCCUCCAUGGGAGCACCAGUCCCAAGUUCAGCAUCGGGGCAAGAUCAGAGAAGAACCACUUUGAAAGCUCCCCAUUACCCACCUCCCCUAAGUUCUUAAGGCAGAACUGUAUUUACUCUACAGAAGCAUUGACUGGAAAAGGCCCCAGUGGUCAGGAAAAGUGCAAACUCGAGAACCAUAUCUCCCCCGAUGUCCGCGUGUUGCCGGGGGGAGGGGCCCAUGGAAGCACACGGGAUCAGAGCAUCUGAACUACCGCGCUUGGAGGAGAGACUUGUGGCGAGGUCCAAAGAGGAGUGCUGUCCAGCUUACCUGCCAUAGAGCUUUUCUGCACAAACUCUGAAACAGAAAGGCUCUGCAAAGCCCUCAGAAAGAAGAGAGACUCCAGAGAAAGCUCCCUAAGACUUUGAGAGCCAUGACAGGUCCACCAGAAUGAAAUUGGCCAAGCCAUAGGUAUGGCGUCUCCUUGUCACAACUCCACUGCCCUCUUUGGGAGAUGACAUGAGCAGGACUCACGGCCACCAUUACCACAUUCUAGACAGAACCAAGGCUACCUACUCCCCAUUCUUCUCCCAUCGCUCUCCAUCACAGCCUCUGAGGGCAACACCUCCAUUCCUCCUAGCUUCAGCUGGAGGAGGAUGCUGGAACAAGUGGCUGGUAUCGCAAGAGUGGGUUGACCAAUUUGGUUUUGGGUGUUGCCUGGCCACUUCUAGGAACUCCUGUCCAUCAUCUCCUGGAUGGAUCCCACUGUUAGAAGGCAACAGGGAAUGCUUGCGACUUGGAGAAAUCUCUGCGCCAUAAGCCACGAUCCCAGCACAAAACCCUUACUCAAAUGUCUUCAUUGACUUCAGUAUUCCGUAAUACCUGAGAUUUUAUUUUGAGAUAUCAUCAGGGUGAGUUGCACCACUUGUACUCAAUUCUAAUUGCCCCCUGGCAGUCUGGGAAGGGUUCAGAAAGCGGGCACUCAGCCAACACUAUGAACUCUGAGCAUUGCUUUAGGGCUGUGGAAGGAAAACACUUUCUGUGCAUCACUAGUGUAGACUGAAAACAUACGCAAGUGGCACAUAUGCAAAAGAAAUAGCUUAUUCAAAGAGACUGUAUGUUACUGAAGAACAGAAUAAAAUCUGAUUUUUUUUUUACUUGCAAAAAGGAAAGGAAAAAAAAAUCCCCAGUUGAAAUGCCCAGUUCAAACUUUUGAAUACUUCCUGCUAUGGCAGGGAAAGCAUCUACUAUAAUAGAAAUUCUUUCUUGU